CAUACCUAGCUGAACUGCAGAGUUGACCAAGGAUUAAUACCGUACCAUCGUAUGAUGUCAGUGGAUAGAGCUACCUUCUAGGCAGAACAGCCUCGAUGUGAAAAACAUGUAUAUAUAGCCUUAACUGUUCUAAAAUCUGAAUGUACAAUUUGAUCCUCAGGCACUGGGAUAAUAUCUAAUGAAUAAUCUAAGAGAGAAGCCAACUGUCGCGUUGGCACCAGGAUUAUAGUACAACUAGCCAGAGCAUACUUGUAACCAUUUGCUAGCAUGAUUGAUUUUGAACGGGUUGUGAAGUCACAGUAGGGAAUCAAUAAUUGCUAUUUAGCUACUUGCCAGAGGAAAUAAUCAGGUAUAGCUGGCUAGGUCACCGGGCGACAUUAAAGAACCUCAUUCUAAAAGUUGAAGGCGUUUCUGAAUGCUUAUUCGACCAAACAAGUUUCAUACAUGAUCGGUUAGCGGUCAGCUAAGUUAUCUUAAUUUUCUCGGGUGUAAAGUAGCUAACAUUAGCAAGCUACAGAACAGCUCAGCGAUAUGCUGCCAGGCUCUAUCCAGAUAACAGGAGAGGCGCUCUCUGGUGCUGAAAUAAAAGACAUCUGCGACAGCCUUAAAGAGAACAGCGUGCGGCUGCUGUCUGUAAGGGGCUGCCAGUUUUCGGAUCGUGACUUCGGACGGGUGUGUCGCGGCGUGGCUGAGUCCCACUCCCUGGCGCAACUCAACCUCAACCUCGGUGUAGUGUCGAGCAUCAGCCGGGUGAAGCAGCUAGCCGAUGCGCUCAAGACCAACAGAUCGAUCCAGACUUUGUUCCUUCACGGCAGUCCUCUGUUGGACGCGGGGCUAGUGGCUUUGAACACGGCACUGUCCACGCAUCCGUCUCUGGUGUCCCUUGACCUGGGAGACUGUAUGCUCGGAGACGAGGCGAUCCAGCUCAUCUGUGGCAUGCUACCUCCGGAUGGGGCCAAGUCAGGUCUUAGAGAGCUGACCCUGAGUGCGAACCCGGCCAUCACCACCAAAGGCUGGGCCCGACUGGCUGUUGCCGUGGCACACAGCUCCCAGCUGCGCGUCCUCAACUUGGACUACAAUCCCCUGGGAGACCAGAUCGCCGGGAUGCUAGCGGUUGCCGUGUCGUCUAGCAGGACGCUGGAGGUGCUGGAUUUGGAGGGGACCGGCCUCACCAAUCAGUCAGCGCAGAUCUUCCUGGACAUGGUGGAGAACUACCCCACGUGUCUGCGCGUGCUGGUGCUGGCGGAGAACGCCAUCAGCCCCGAGCUCCAGCAGCAGAUCUCCGACCUGCUCUCCGAGGGCGAGGAAGAUGAGGACAAGGAGGGAGAGGCGCGGGGCAGUGGGGGCAGGGCCAGGGAGAAGACCACCUGGCUCCCCAACAGCAAUUCCAGUUCCCAGAUGGUCUUGGUGACAUCAGGUCUGGGAGACAGCCUAUUGGCUGAGACUGAGAUGUGACCUGGGAGCCACCAUGCUUUUUGCACUGAGCACGAUCACGUGAUGAGAUCACCUGAUAGCGAGCAACCAAUCACUCUGCAUGACCUGUAGCACUUGUACAUAGGGAAAGAAGAAGUUUUCAUCAGGCUUAUAACUUUGAACACCAAGUGACUUACUAUACUCAAUAGUGAAUUAUU